ACAAAUAAUUCCAACACCUUCCAUUCAGCUGUCUGGUCUCGUUUUUCCUUUCUUCUCGAUGGACGAUCUUCCGCCGUCUCUCGUCGUUGAAAUCCUGAGUCGACUCACGGAUUACGCCGACCUCGCUCGUUGCCGACCCGCCUCCAAAUCACUGAACUCGCUCACCCGCGAGGUCCGUUCCGUUAACCUCCUCUGCACCUUGUCUCGCUAUCUCAAAUCCCGUUCGCCGGCGACCAAGGACCACGUCACUCCUUUCAAGGCAAUCUUUAAUAACAUCGUCGGCAACGCUCGGUGUCUCGACGCAAUCUCGAUCGGAGUCGAUAAAUCGCUCGGGAAUAUCUCGUACGACGACGUAGAUGACGAGUCCGAUGAUUUGUAUCUGACCGAUGUGGGGUUCGUCAAGGAGUGGUUGCCCAAGGUUUGCGGUGACCUAGGGAAGCUUUCGAUUUCGGAUUUUUGGAUUCAAUCUUGCUGGAGGAAAUCUCAGAUUUUGAGCUUGAUUUCUUCUUCUUGCAAUUGUCUUAUGGAGCUAGAGCUAAAAAAUGCUUGGCUCUCGGUUGAUGGAUUGAAUCCUAUGACUAAGCUCACAAGUUUGACGCUUGAAUUUAUUAGACUUGAAGAUGAGGACCUAAACAAAGUUAAUGAUUGUUUCCCUUCUCUUCAAGUUUUGAAUUUGGUUGGCGUCGGAGGGCUGAAAGACCCGAAAAUUCGUCUCUUGCAUCUUAAAUCAUGCUUCUGGACAGUGUCAAACGCUCCUCUGUCUUUGACUAUUGUUGCUCCCAACCUAGUGAAGCUCAGACUGAAGUGUAUUAAGCCGAAAUCUCUUGUUCUUGAAGCCCCAUUGUUGUCCGAUUUCUAUCUUUCUGUUGAGGAAGCACUCGAUUUUAGAGUGAAAGAGUUUCGUAAUUUGGAGAACCUUCACCUUGAAUCUUCGAGUCUUUGUAGCCUCCUUGACAUGUUUCCAUCUGGUAAAUCAGUUAAGAAGCUGACAGUGAAUUCUCUCAAAUCGACUGCCAUGACAAAAUUUCGCUUGGAAGCAGUGUUUGAUGUGUUCCCGAGUGUAACCUAUCUUAAUAUAGGUCCGGGGGCUUGGUGUGAAGGUGAGAAUUGCUUUCGAGAAGGAGUUUUGGAGGAUUGGAAUGCGUCGAAGGAGUUGACAGAGAUAGUGGCAAAUUUAGUUGUGCGUGAUAUAGAAGUUACACUCUCCUUUAUAUUCUCGAUCUUGGAUAAAUGCACCAAUUUAUCAGACAUGGCAAUACUCUUCCACCCCAAAGGAGAUUUUAGAGUUGCUAGUACCCUCAUCCCUAGGUGUACAGCUUAUCGUCCGGGAGUAAAGUGGAGAUGGGGUAUAUGUGAAGGUUUCAAAGAUACCUGGGUCUCUGUCGGCAUUUAAUCGGGUACUCCUUUUCGGACCCGAAACACGAAUGCCUAAUCUUUUAUGCUCUGUGUGUGUUGUUACCUGGUUUAAAUUUAACCUGCCUGCAUGACAGUGAUGAAGCUUAGAAUAAAAGUUUCUUUAAUUUUCUUGUAUAUAAACAUAUGACUUGUACAAAUGAACAUAGU